CAGAAAUACAGAAUGCGCACUUCAUCAAAUCAAAGGAAUAUUUGGCAAUCUGAUGUAUCAUGAUGUUUUUAUUUUGAUUGAAAUUGUUGCUAUGGUCCGGUAAAUGUCUAAUCUCUCUAUGUAAUCUCUCUAUGUAAUUUAUAAUUAUCUAAAUCUGGUCUGGGACUGAAGCCAGUCCAAGUAAAAACAUCCUUAGUUUGCAAUGCAAUACGCCAAUCUCACAAUGAAAGCUCCUGCGGCAAAUAUUCUUUUCUUCUCUUCAUUACUUCUCUCAAUGCUAUUAUUCUUUUCCCGCCCAGUUCAAGAAAACCAAACAGAACAACAAAGCUUUCAAUCCUUCAGAAAUAGGUUCUUUAAUUUGAGGCUAGGGCACGAUAUAUCCAUUCAGCACUGUUACACAAUGGAUACCUCAGGUCAUAUAAAUUCACAUCAUAGUAUCAUACUAUUACGCUCCCUUCAAGAACUUCAUAGCAGUUAACGAUGGCGCUUUCAGGACAUGCUAUGAUACUGCAUCCCCUACAGUCAAAAUCAAUGACUCACGGUCACCGUCUCCCACUAUUCCCAGCACUGGAAAUGCACAGGACGGAGACGAAAGGACAUCUUCCACAAGCAUUCACGGGAAAAGGGAUCAAGAAGAACAAACCUUUGCACUUGCUGGUUAGUAGGGCCGCCAUUGGCAGCAGCGGAGGUUCAGAUUCUUCGUUGCAGAUAAUCAAGGAGUUAUAUUCCAGCAUCAAUAAAAAGGACUUGAAGAGCCUUGGAGCGCUUUUAUCUCAAGAUUGUUUCGUCGAUGACUUCUCAUUCCCUCAGCCAUUCGAAGGGAAGAAGGAAGCUUUAUGCUUUUUUGAAGAGUUGAUCACAUCCAUGGGUCAGAACACAGAAUUCGUUAUAGAGCAUAUUUGUGGAGGUAUUGACCAAACAGCUGUGGUCAACUGGCAUUUAGAAUGGAAGAAGAAGCAGGUUCCCUUUACUAGAGGAUGCAGCUGCUAUGAAUUAUCAAAAGAAGGAGAACAACUAGUCAUCAAGAAAGCCCAAGUUAUCAUUGAAUCGCCAGUUAAACCAGGAGGCCUAGCAUUGACCGUGUUCAAAGGCAUAAAUUUGAUUUUUGAUGCAUUUCCUGGGGCUACAGAGAGCUGCAGGGUUCCUAAAUAGCCCUUACGCAAUCUUCCAAAUCUUGUUAAACAUAUACAAGAUAGUUUUAGGACCUAUGAUACGCCCAGUUGUAUCAUGGUACCUCAGACUCAUGAGGCUUACAGCUGCUUUUCUGAGCCUCACAUUCAAAGUUGUGCAAUUAGCGGUAAAGAAUUUCAACAAGUAGUAGAAGAAACCACAAAAGUUUUCACCAACUCUUACAAUAC